UAUAUCUAUAAGCGGAUCUUAUUUAUCCGAAGAGGAUAAGGAGGGAGAGACAACCGGAUAUUUUUUUGGGAAGGUGGAAACGCGAAAUAACGGAUCGAAGUUACGCGAGCCGGACGCGGCGUUCGAAUCCAAUAGAAAUCGAGCUUUACGGAGCCACGAAUCGGGUGGUAGGUAGGUUAGAUUCUCGCCGCGAGAAACGAGGAGCGUGACAGCGGGGGAGAAGAGGAUUUAACGCCGAGGCUGAGAUACGCGAUCAAAAGCGGCGGCGACUCGCCGCGAUCGUUCCGUCCGAUUUCCGCUGCGUCAGCUGUUUCGUCGCGUGGCGACGACAGGAAGAAGCAAAGGCGCGUCCGCCGGAACCCUCCUAGCGGCGACACUUCACGCUUUUCCUUCGCGCUCGCGUUUUCGUCAAUCGACGAUUCUCUAUCGCGCAUUACACAUACGUACAUAACAUUUGUACAUGUCCGCGUGCACGAGGAUGCAGCAGCAACAACAAACGAAUCAGCAGGCGAACGGCAACGAUUCCCUGGCGUCGCCGAGAAAGAAACAACGAAUGUCCAUGUCGAGCGGCGGUUCCAUCUCGAAGGUCACGGUGGUUCUCGGCGCGCAAUGGGGCGACGAGGGCAAGGGGAAGGUCGUGGACAUGUUAGCGAUGGACGCUGACGUUGUCUGUAGAUGUCAGGGAGGAAAUAAUGCAGGGCAUACUGUAGUAGUAGAAGGUGCCGAAUUCAACUUUCACCUUCUGCCUAGUGGAAUAAUCAAUCCCAGAUGCAAAUCCGUAAUAGGCAAUGGAGUAGUGAUUCACUUGCCAGGUCUAUUUGAGGAAUUGGAGAAGAACGAGGCCAAAGGACUCAAAAAUUGGGAGGACAGGCUUGUAAUAUCAGAUCGGGCGCAUAUAGUUUUUGAUUUUCACCAACAGGUCGAUGGAUUGCAAGAACUGGAAAAAGGCACACAGUCAUUGGGAACCACAAAGAAAGGUAUCGGACCGACGUAUUCCAGCAAAGCUUCCAGAAAUGGGCUCAGAAUCGGAGAUCUUCUCGGAGACUUUGAAAAAUUCUCUCAGAAAUUCAAUACCUUGGUCACGUCGUAUCAAAAGAUGUUUCCCGCUCUGCAUGUUGAUGUUAAAGCUGAAUUGGAGCGUUACAAGGAAUUUUCGAAACGCAUAAGGCCGUACGUGAAAGAAACGGUGCAGUAUCUGCAUCAAGCGUUGAAAGACGGAAAAAAAGUUCUGGUGGAAGGCGCCAACGCGGCUAUGUUGGACAUCGAUUUUGGUACUUAUCCGUAUGUGACGAGCUCGAACUGCAGUAUAGGCGGGGUGUGCACGGGACUUGGUUUACCUCCUAGCACAAUCGGCGAGAUAAUCGGUGUCGUGAAGGCUUAUACCACGAGGGUAGGCGACGGACCAUUUCCCACAGAACUUUCGUGCUCUAUCGGAGAAUUACUGCAGAGUCGAGGUCACGAAAUCGGCGUAACUACAAAGCGAAAGAGACGAUGUGGUUGGCUCGAUUUGCCGUUGUUGAAAUUCACAACGUUGGUCAACGGAUACACUUCCAUAUGUUUAACGAAACUCGAUAUUUUGGAUACAUUGCCAGAGAUAAAAGUGUGCAUUGGAUAUCGGCUAAAUGGAAAAGAUAUAGAUUAUUUUCCAAGCAGCACUUGGGAGCUAGCAAAAGUGGAAUCCGUGUAUAAAACGAUAGAAGGUUGGCAAUCUACAACCGAGGGCGUGCGCUCCUUGGACAAAUUACCUCUUAAUGCACAUAAAUAUAUACAGCUUAUAGAAGAGUACUUGGGCGUGCCAGUCAAAUGGAUUGGCGUUGGAGCAGGCCGAGAGAGCGUGAUCACUCUCUGACGACACACGGUGCACAAAAUGUUACUUAACUACGUCGCAUUAAAUGUAUUACUAAUUUUAAUUUUAUUUAUAAUUUUUCUUCGCAAUGCAAAGCUGAUGAGCGCACAGAAAACAAAAUUUGCUAAUAUUUUCAGUAAUUGUAGAAUUAUUCUUGAACUUAAUUGAAUGUGCAUACAUACAAUAUUAUAUUAUUGUACACACAUAUAAUAUUAUAUUAUUGUGUAAUAAUGUUUAGUCAAUUUUGUAGUCGGUAUCUAACAAACAAAUGAACGAUCAUUAGGAUCAAUGAGAAAAAAUCUUAUACAUAUUAUAUAU